AUCAGAUACAAUGCCUGCAACAUUACCAGCAACACCUACCAGUUCGGCACCACACUUGCAUACCACUCAGGCCACAACAACAGCACCAGAAUCAUCAAUGUUUUAUCAAGUGCAAGAGGAAAUUGAUUCAUAUGAGACUGACUUAUCUGAAAUGUCUUCAAUAGCUACCACAUCAACAACAACACCUACCACUUUGUCACCUCAGCUGCAUACUACUCAUACAACAAAUGCAGCAUCUGAAUUACCUUCCACUGGUCAAGCAGCAGCUGAAAUUGAUUCAAAUGGGACUGACUUAUCUCCUGCACUCUAUACAACACCUACAACGCCCACAACAUCAGCAACAUCAUCAACCACAUCUGACCAUGAAGACCACAGCAUUCAUUCAAAAUCGUCCUACGCAGAGGUAUUGAAUCUACAAAGCACACCAACAUCAAAAUCUGGAGCAACAUCAGCAACAAUGUCAACAACAUCUAAUCAACAAGAUCACAAAACUCAAAUGAGAUCAAUUCAUGCAGGGGGGUCGGAUCUACAAAUUACCAGCACACCAAUAUCAAACUCUGGCAAUGAUACGACAACUAGUUUUGGAACCACAGCUAUGACUGCUGCAAUGGCUCGCUACAAGGAAAUCACAUAUCCAAAAAUUUCACCCUUGAAAUCACUGCCAAAUUGGAAGUGCGUGUCAAGGAUUUAUCCACUGAAUGGGCAGCCAGAUCCUGCACCCGCAACAUAUUCAGCAUUAGCUAUAACAACACGCUCUACCACGCAUGACAGUGAAGCAGCAUCCCCUACAACUCCAUUAGAUCAGACAUGUUCAAGUAUAUCAGCAACGUCUUCAUCACCACAUCACUUGCCCACACUUACAACAUCAGCAGCUGCAACGACAACAACUCUACCACUGGAUUUACACAUUACAACAACAGCAACACAACCAUCAACCUCUGAGAUGUCACAUCUUUCUCCAUCCCACUUCAAUGUGUCCCAGCCUUUUCACCCAGGCAAGCUUUCCCGCAACCAGCUACCCCUCGAUAUGAAAAUUGAAGCAAUACGACUCCGUGAGGAGGAGGGAUUAAGUGGGCGGAGUAUCAUGGAAAUCAUGAAUGUGCAUGGCUUCAAAUGUGGAAAGACCCAAGUUCAAAACAUCUUGAAGCGCAAAAACGAAUGGAUCGAGCAGUACGCCCAAAAUGUACCCCUCUCUCGCAAACGCAAGCUGCGUAAGACGGGCAACGAAGAGAUCAAUCAUAAGGUCUAUGAGUGGUUUGAAGAAGCCAUAGACCGUAUGAUACCGGUUAAUGGUCCGAUGCUGCAACAGAAGGCAGUGGAGAUUGCUCGCGAGCUUAAUAUCACAGAGUUCAAGGGGUCUAACGGAUGGUUGGAGUCUUUCAGGAAGCGACACAGCAUCUCGUUUGGCAAGGUGAAUUUAGGCUUGGAGGGGGGAGAAAACCCAGCUGGUGGCUUGCUGCCAAGGAAAUCUUACAUCUUUGAAAGAGCAAAAAGUGAUCCAUUUGGAAAUGAUGGGAAAAACCUCACAAGUGAGCUUCCACAAAUGAUAGUGGGCGAGUUUGUGAAAAACAUUUCAUCUCAAAGUUCUAGUCAAACAGGUGUAACAGAAGAGAAGAGCAGCCCCAAUGUGUCCAUCAUGGAGCCAAUGUUUUUAAAGAAGAAGGGCAAUAAUUGGUGUAAGGUAAAAGAGGAAGAUGUUGAGAAAGAGGAGGAGGAGGAGGAGGAGAGUCAAAAAGAGGAAGAUGGUGGAAAGAAGAAAGAAGGGAAAGAGGGAAGGGGGACUCUAGGCCAUCUAAAGUUUAAAUCCAUCCAUCACGUCGCAGCAGCCUUGAGAGAAAUGAGAAUCUUUUUCGCUACCAGAAACUAUUCUCAUCUCCUUGACAGCUGUUUGGACUUGGAGGAACAGGUUGCGCUUGAAAGCAUCGCUAAGAGAAAGACGGAAGAGAAGUCUACGGUUCUUGAUCAUCUUAACCCCUUGGAUACUAGACCAUCAUCAAACAUGGAGCAACCUUAACCCCUUUGGACUUUGGUGCUACUUGAUUUUUGAACAAUCAUCAUAAAGUCUAGAGCCAAAAGGGCAUUAACUCACACUAUGAACAUGACAGACAAA